AUGGACAAGUCUUGGCCCAAGUUACGUCGAACCGGCCUAAUGAAAUAAUUUAAGGGUCAGAAUCCGACCUGGAAAAGUAACCCGACGUAGAAUCCCGCCUAAAAGAAUGCAGACAUACCCCAUUACGUUUCCCAAACGACGACUUUGCAUCAUUAUGUCUCCUUGAAAAUAGAUAAGCCGUCGAAUCGUGGGUAGAUUGGCUCCCCUUUUCAUUGCUUGGGACAAACCAGAACUCCUCAGUCUGUUUGACUUCGCAACCCUUUGCCCCAAAUACAAAAUUUCCAGAGCCUUGAUAUUAUUGCCAGAACAUUUUUUCCCAGUGUUAUCACCGUCGAAGAAGCGACUGCUGCUAUCUGGAGGAAGCCGUGUCGAGAGCAUCAUCCAAGUGUCAGCAACUCCUUUACUUGCCCCAGCAUCUUCGUCAAGUAACAAUUCGACAGACGUAAUUAGUGGGAAUCUAGAAUGCAGCUUUUAAUUUGACGGUCUCACAACACAAAGGCCAUGUCAAAGUCAACUGGUCAAGCAAUGUGACCUGGCCCUUUGGGCAUUAAAUUUUUGGCCUAACUGGAUGAUAUUGAGUUAUUAUGGAGGGCAAAUACUGCUAUAUAUACCUCCAGCUACCAACGUACAUUGUUCAUGUUGAGUCACCUGAUCAAUUUAUUGAUCACACUGAUCAGGUUUCUACUGCUGCAAGUAGUAGUACUUCAAUCUCCAAUGACGAUCUUGAUAGAUGGUACCAUUCUUUUCUACCAUCUACCAUUGCAAGUUCAAAUGCUGAAGUUCCAAAGAUGGUUUAUUGUUAUCACAAUGUUUUCAGAGGAUUUGCAGCUCAAUUAUCACCUGAGGAUGUCAAAUCUUUGGAAAAGAAGCCUGGAUUUGUAUCUGCCCAACGAGAAAAAAUGUUGUCUCUUCACACAACGCAUACUCCAAAUUUCUUGGGGCUGACUCAAAACUCAGGAUUUUGGAGUGAGUCCAAUUAUGGUAAAGGUGUCAUCAUUGGAGUUGUGGACACUGGAAUUUUUCCGGACCACCCUUCGUUUAGCGAUGAAGGCGUGCCGCCACCACCUGCUAAAUGGAAGGGAAAAUGCGAAUUCAACACGUCGGUAUGCAACAAGAAGCUGAUCGGAGCAAGGCAUUUCCGCAAUGGGAAUGGCACCCCGAUGGAUGAGAACGGCCACGGUACUCAUACGGCAGGGACGGCCGCAGGGAACUUUGUGAAAGGUGCCAAUGUGUUUGGAAACGCUAAUGGCACGGCCGUUGGCAUCGCGCCUCUUGCUCACUUGGCAAUCUACAAAGUAUGUUUCGGUAGAAGCAGCGCUUGCUCCGACAGUGAUAUACUGAAAGCCAUGGAUGUCGCGAUCGAUGAUGGAGUCGACAUUCUAUCCCUCUCCCUUGGUGGAAGUUCAUUAGCCUUCCAUUCUGACAACAUUGCACUUGGUGCAUUCAGUGCAAUGGAAAAGGGCAUUUUUGUGAGUUGCUCUGCUGGAAAUCAAGGUCCUUAUAGCUCCAGCUUAUCAAAUGAAGCUCCAUGGAUUCUCACCGUUGGCGCAAGCACGCUUGAUCGGAAAAUCAGGGCAACUGCAGUGCUUGGGAACAAGAUGGAACUUGAUGGAGAAUCCCUUUAUCAGCCUAAAACUUUUCUCCCUACUCAACAUCCAUUGUUUUAUCCUGGCUUGAACCAGACUGAUUUCGACACCAAUCGAUACUGCAGCGAAGAAUUGGUUAAUCUUACAGAAGUAAAAGGCAAAAUUGUAGUCUGUGAAACUGGUGCCUGGUCACCAGUUCAGAAAGGCCAAAAUGUCAAGGCUGCUGGUGGUGUCGGAAUGAUUCUGAUCAAUAAAGAAGAACAAGGGUUCACGACACACGCCGAUGCUCAUGUUCUUCCGGCAACACAUCUAACUUAUGCAGAUAGAGUUAAAUUGAUUGCUUACAUGGAAUCAACUACGAAACCAACUGCUGCAAUAUCAUUCAAAGGAACCAUAAUUGGAGAUCCUCUGGCUCCUCAAGUGGCAGCAUUUUCUUCCAGGGGUCCAAACUAUGCGAGCCGGGGAAUCCUGAAGCCUGAUAUCAUUGGCCCUGGUGUAAACAUUCUUGCAGCUUGGCAUCUUUCAAUCGAAAACCGAACAAACACAAAAUCCAACUUCAAUGCAAUCUCUGGCACAUCAAUGUCCUGCCCUCACCUCAGUGGUGUUGCUGCAUUGAUCAAAAGCGCGCAUCCCGAUUGGUCUCCUGCUGCGAUUAAAUCAGCAAUUAUGACUACAGCUGAUCUGGUGAACCUUGGAAAGAAUCCAAUUGAGAACGAAAAGCAACUUCGAGCUGACAUUUUCGCCAUCGGCUCAGGCCAUGUCAAUCCAACCAGAGCAAAUCAUCCAGGGCUGAUAUAUGAUAUCGCCCCGAAAGAUUACAUCUCUUAUCUGUGUGGUCUGAAUUACACAGAUAGACAACUUGGCAGGUUCUUACAACGCAAGCAAACUUGCAAAGCGAGCAUACCGGAAGCACAACUGAAUUAUCCGUCGUUCUCAAUUGAAUUCGGAUCAGAAGUUCAGAAGUACACGAGGACAGUCACAAAUGUCGGUGAGGCUAAUUCAGUUUACACUGUGAAGGUUGUUCAACCACCUGGGAUUAAGGUCACAAUCAAACCACAGAAACUCAGUUUCUCGAAGGUGAAUCAGAAGUUGACUUAUGAAGUUACAUUUGAGCUAGUGAAAUUCCCGCUUGAUGUUAUAGUUUCGCAAGGAUCUAUAACAUGGAGUUCACAGAAAUACUCAGCAAGGAUCCCAAUUGCAGCUAUGUUGAGCUUCAUUACAUCAAGUUGA